AGGGAGCGCCGCGGCGGCCUGCGAGGCGAGCCCGCAGUCGCGCUCUGAACUCCAUUGUAGAAGCGCGUCGCGCGCGCACGCUUCCGCACAAACACACGAUAGCGGAACUUUCUCGCGAACGGACACAACGUAGACGAAUUAUGUGCGCGGACGUACACUGCAAUAUUCCUUCCCUUAAUCAACAUUUGUGACAGUGCCAAUGUCUCCUAGCUUGGAAGGAAUCAUGUUCAACAGGAACGCGAACCUGUCGGCGCGCCGGCCGCUGCUUGCUGAGCCGCAAAAGCCUUUCGUGGUCCCUCCACGCGCGCCGCCCCGUGACACGGGCCCAACUCGCCCGCUACCGACGGGCAGGAAUUUGCCCACGGAUUACUCGUACCGACCAGACUACUGGAAGCCAUCGAACGUCGAACUUGAACGACGACUACAGGAGGCACGGGCCCGCGAGAAAGUCGGUUACUUUCAAGAAAAAGUUACUACCCCAGAACUUAACUUCGAUCGAAGAGAAGCAGAGUUAGUGUUCAGGUUCGAUCCUCACGCCUCUGCUGAAUAUCUGUCGAGCCAGUACCGUGCCCCUACAGUACAGUACGCGAAGCCCCCUACACCAGCGAACGGGUUUUCUAACCGUCUGCCGGAGCGAGACGGACCUUUUGUAUUUGGUAUCCACAGUCCGAGCCAGUUUCCUUUGCAGCGCCGGGAUGAGGAAGACUACGAUUACUCUGAAGUGGUGGAGGAGAAUAGCCGCACCGUAGCUCGAGAUGAUGUUUCGGAAGACACUAACUGCUGUGAUAAAGUGAACGAGUGGACGACGCGGGACAAAAAAGCAAAAAGGACUUUAAAUCGGAUGUUUCAAAUAAGAGAUAGAAGGAAGGUGAAAGGUGGCAAGAAAGCGAAGAUAAAGUGUGUUUUAGUGGGGGAUGGGGCAGUGGGUAAGAGUUCGUUAAUUGCUGCUUAUGCGCAGGAUACGUUCCGGGAAGAGUACACACCCACUGCAUAUGACACAUUUAAUGUUGUAGUGGACGUGGACGACCGGCCGGUCUGCGUGGAAAUCUGUGAUACUGCUGGACAGGACAGUAUGUCAGAGCUUCGCGAGCUCUGCUACCCCGGUACGGACGUCAUAAUGUUGUGCUUCUCUGUGGUGCGACCGGAAACAUUUCGAUCGGCUGCCGAACGGUGGACCAAAGCUGUGGCGAAGAUCAACGCUCCCCUUAUCCUCGUCGGCACGCAGAGUGAUUUGGCGCUUGAUCCUCGAGUGUUGCAAACGCUAAGAAGCCGUGGCGAACACCCAGUAACAGAAACAGAAGCGACAGCCCUUGCAAGUAAGAUAAACGCGGUGUAUGUAGAAACGUCGUCCAAAACAAGAAAACAACUGAAGGACGCGUUCGACGCCGCUAUUCUCGCUGGCCUACCAGUCAUACAGAACAAGAAAUCAUUAUGGAAAAAACUGUUUUGUAUUAGUUAGGAUUUUGAUAUGAAAACUUAACUUAGCUUUAAAACAGCUUCAAUGGACUCAAGGAAUUGAGUGAUAGCGACGUCACAAAAGUAGCUGUAGGUCUGUCAUAGAUUUGUGAUGCAAAUAUCGGACAGGACUACCGAAAUCUACUUCGGAAGGGUUGUAUUACAUUCUGACAGACAAACCCACCCUAAGUAAUUGACCUCUAUAUAGUAGCGCAUGAGAUUGCAAUCUGAUUUCGUAAGUGGUUUGACCAUUGUUUAGGUACAAUAUAAGAAAAUAUUUUUCGGAAAGUUGGCACGUAUUCUGAAAAAUUUCUUUUUUGUAAUGAAUUUAUAAUAAUGAUGUAUUACGUCUUUUUUUAAGAAUUCCUGUGGUUCUA